CCGAGUAGGGUCGAGUCGGUGAAAACGCCAUUACCUGUUUGUAUUUUGCUCAAGCAGAAAUUAACUUCUUGAUUUGACUGUCGUAUGACAAGAAUUACAGAGCUGGAAGUUGGUUCUGACAAUUCUUGUUAUUCAUUGAUUAGUUUAAUUUGAGUUCGGUGAAAGUCAUCCUUAAACUCCAAUUGUUUGCGGAAUACAGCUGUUAAUACAACUGGAUCUCUACGAAAGAUUAAUACAACUGGAACACUGUAAUCGCUUCGAAAUGUUCAUAUCAUCAAGUGGACCGUACUCUGUGAUCUGAAAAAGGUUAAAUUUUAAAUAAAAUUUUAUUCAAAAGUCAUGCCCAAUCUCAAGUUAUUUGACGUUGAUACGAAAAUUGUGUACACAUUAGAAGUAUCCGAGGAAGAUGCUGUAAAGGCUAAUCAAGAUUCAUCGUUUGCGACACAACUUUUGCAAAAUUCCUUAACAACACUUACCGAGAAAAAGAUUAAGACAUCCAGUUCAAGUCCCAAACCAGGUUCUCCAGAAACAGUACUUUUACAUGAUGAUGAUGAGACUUCUAUUGCCACCGGAAAAAAAUCACAGAUAACUAUAGAUGAUUCUACAGAGAAAUCGCAGACAACUACAGAUGAUUCUACAGAGAAAGAUGGUUUUCGUUGGUCACACGAGGCGAUUCUUGUGUUUCUUGAAAUAUACAAGGAAAAAGAACAUUUAAUUGUGUCGGGUAAAAUAUCAAUGAAAAAAUUUUGGAAUAUGAUUGCUUCUGAAUUAAAUGAAAAGGGUUAUAUCGUCACUGAUAUACAAUGCAAGAGUAAAAUGUCUGGUUUAAGGAAUACGUAUAAAAGUACAAAGGAUUAUAAUGGAAAACAUGCCUUCACUAAUCGAAGAUGGCGAUAUUUUGAUAUUAUGGAUGAAAUGUACCAGAAAAGGCCAUGGGUAUCUCCAACUUCGGCAACAAGCAAUAAUAUUUCAACUUCAUCGUUAUCUGAGCACAGUGUUAAUGUGGAAAAAACUGGUUCAUCUAAACCUGAGGUACCUUCUAAACGUUUAAAACAGUUGGAGAAAAUAAUGGCUAUUGUAGGGGAAAGUAGCAGCGAGCGCAGUAGAAUGCACAAAGAAGCAAUGAUACGUCAAGAUAAAUUACUUGACAUUUUAGAGAAGAUACAUACCAAUAUUGAUGAUGACAGAAUUAAAGCGUCCUCAUGCAACAAUGAAUUGCCUCUCAAGCGUCCAAGACAAUUUUCUACAAUGGAAAAACUAAUUGCUGCCAUAGAAGAAAGUACUAUUAAACGCAGCAAGAUGCAUGAAGAAGCAAUGGCUCGUCAGGAUAAAUUACUCAAUGUUUUAGAACGAAUGCUUUCCAAGUAAUAGCAUGAUAAAGUUUUGUUACUAUAAUUAUAUCAUAUGAUUAUGAUAAAUUUGUGAUAAUUAUUUAAUUGCUAAAAGAAACGAUUUCUCUGUAAUUUUAAGAAUAUAUUUCAAG